AUGCCGGAAUCAAAUGCAGAGAGAUACAAGCACAGCCCGCUGCAGGGUCACUCUUCUAUCCGGAUGCUAACGCUUUGGCCUGGGGACUUUGGCACGCCUUUGAGGGGCCAGAUCUCCGAACUCCAACAACCCUUAAAUGUGCCCUACGAGGCUUUAUCCUACACAUGGGGUGAUUUUGCAUCCACUGAAACCAUUCAGAUUUGCGAAUCUGCCGAUUUUGAGCAUAUCCACCAGGUCGUUCCAAUCACGCGGAAUCUGUACGGAGCCCUGCAACGACUGCGUACUGAUGUACCUCGCAGGCUUUGGAUAGACGCGAUAUGCAUCGACCAAGACAAUUUGGAGGAGAAGGGGCACCAGGUGGCGCGCAUGGACCAGUUGUACCGCGAAGCGGGCAGUGUUAUUGUCUGGCUUGGUGAAGACCAGUCUUACCCUAGGACCAGAGCACUUCUGAUGCAAGAUAGUAAGAACCGAUGGCCGUUAACCCUGCCUGAGGUUGACCUUGGAGAACUCGUGACGAUUCCCUGGUUCUCCCGUGUCUGGGCGGUUCAGGAAUAUGUGCUUCCGCAACACGCAUCCUACCAGUUGGGCCCCUUGUCCGUAUCAGCGAACCAUCUGGAAACUGUGGUCAAACGCAUAGGAACUUACAUGGACGGCGACAAAAGACUUCAUGAUCAGUGGAAGUCUAUAUGCCUCCUUUUCGAGUACAGAGAGUUGGUGCAGAAACGCGGAUGGAACGAAGCUGAUCCACGACUAACGCUGGUCCGUACCUUCCUGGACCUCACUCGUCAACGACUGUGCAAAGACAGCCGCGAUCGCAUAUACAGUGUCCUUGGAAUCUAUGGGGAUGUCGAAUUUGUUCCAGACUAUACACUGCCACCACAGCGAGUUUACAAAGACUUCGUUUCCAAGACUUUGGAAGCUGGAGAUUUUUCAAUUCUCCAUGAGUGUUGUAUCGGUAUCACUAAUGCGGAUGAACAAUCCUACGUGCCAUUCUUUGGCCAAUCCCGGUCGCAAACAAAGUAUAUCCCUUUCGCAGAUCCACUAGGUGCUACAUACUCUGCCGGGCUGCAUCAACAACCAAGAGUCAAUGUAGACCAGGGCAAGUACAUCUCGAUCCAAGGAUUUCACAUCGAUACUGUACAACAAAAGCUAGACCUCUCAGAAGACUGCGAUAUCAACCUCGACUCCGCAGGCUUGGUAAUAAACAGCCCCAGUCCGAAUUCGGAGCUUGAAGAACUACCUCUUCAUGGGACCUGGGGGGCGAUCUACCAGACCAUCAUGAAUCACCUCAUCACCGAUACUGACGAGGCCUUGCGUUGGCGCAAAGAUUACGAGGAAAACCGAUUAUCGCCACAGUUUGCGAAGGCACCGUACCCUCACAACAGCCUAUUCGAGGUGCUCGUCCGCGCAAUCAGAACAGACUUGAACGCUGACUACGACUGGGUCUCAACCAAAGGUCAGAUCAGGACUGAUGCACAUCUGCAUCGCUCUCGCCGCAAGAUUCUGGCUGAGAGGAGUCUUUUCUGGACAGACAAAGGAUACAUUGGACUAGGCACUUGUCACUUGCAGGCGGGAGAUGAAGUGGUUGUGUUUAGUGGGGACACGACUCCAUUUCUUUUGCGGAAGGAAGCGCAUAAUAACGGUCCGGACGUUGUUUAUAGCAUUGUCAGUGAUUGUUAUGCGUGUGGGUGGAUGUAUGGGCCGUUUCCGGAUAAAACUGUUGCAAGAGAUCCGUCACUACGGAGGAGUAUAACGAAGAAACUGAAGGGCCACAAGAUGGAGAGCCGACCAGCAUUGGAGUCUCGAACCUUUGUUAUCGGCUAG